CAACUAUAGAGGUAUCAAGCUGCUAAGCCAUACUAUGAAAGUGUGGGAAAGGGUGGUGGAGAUGAGGGUGAGGAGAGGUGUGUCUAUUUCAGAGAACCAGUUCGGAUUCAUGUCGGGACGCUCAACUACAGAAGCCAUCCAUCUUGUGAGGAGGUUGGUGGAGCAGUAUAGGGAGAGGAAGAGGGACUUACACAUGGUAUUCAUCGACCUAGAAAAGGCCUACGACAAAGUUCCAAGAGAGAUCCUAUAGAGAUGCUUGGAGGCUAAAGGUGUACCUGUGGCGUACAUUAGGGUAAUCAAGGACAUGUAUGAUGGAUCCAAAACCAGGGUAAGGACAGUAGGAGGAGACUCAGAGCACUUUUCAGUUGUGAUGGGGUUGCAUCAAGGAUCAGCUCUUAGUCCGUUUUUAUUUGCCUUGGUGAUGGAUGGAUUGACGCGGCAAAUUCAAGGUGAGGUGCCAUGGUGUAUGCUUUUUGCGGAUGACAUAGUCCUGAUCGACGAGACUUGUAGCGGAGUUAACGCUAAGCUGGAGGGUUGGAGACAUACUCUGGAGUCUAAAAGGUUUAAGCUGAGUAGGACUAAGAUAGAGUACUUAGAGUGCAAGUUCAGUGAAGCACCUCAAGAGGCUGGCUUGGAAGUGAGGCUUGGUACCCAGGCCAUCCAGAAGAAAAGUAGUUUCAAGUAUCUUGGGUCUAUUAUGCAACCCAGCGGGGAGAUUGAUGAUGAUGUCACACAUCGUAUUGGGGCGGGAUGGAUGAAAUGGAGGCUCGCUUCCGGAGUGCUAUGUGACAAGAAGGUGCCACCACAACUUAAGGGCAAGUUCUACAAAGUGGUGGUUAGACCGACUAUGUUGUAUGGGGAGGAGUGUUGGCCAGUUAAGAUCUCUCACGUUCAAAAGAUGAAAGUUGCCGAGAUGAGAAUGUUGAGAUGGAUGUGUGGCCACACCAGGAGUAACAGGAUUAGGAAUGAGGAUAUUCGGGACAAGGUGGGAGUGGCCUCUGUGGAAGACAAGAUGCGGGAAGUGAGAUUGAGAUGGUUUGGGCAUGUGAAGAGAAGAGACACAGAUGCCCCAAUGCGGAGGUGUGAGAGGUUGGCCAUGGAUGGUUUCAGACGAGGAAGGGGUAGGCCGAAAAAAUAUUGGGGAGAGGUAAUUAGACACGACAUGGCGCAGUUACAGCUUACCGAGGACAUGACCUUAGAUAGGAGGAUUUGGAGGACCCCGAUUCGGGUAGAAGGCUAGUAGAUAGUCUCGUUAUCCUUCCUUAUUAGCUAGUAGAUAGUCUCGUUAUCCUUCCUUAUUAGUAGUCGCAUUAUUGCAGUAUAAUUUCUUGUGCUCUGAUUUCUGCUAUUAUCUGCUAUUUCCUGUGCUUUGAUUAUCCUAUGUUAUCUGUGUCGCUUGCGCUAUUUCAUUUCCAUAUCGCUUUGAAUCUCUUAGCCUUAUCUGACCUCUUUUUAUGCUUUUAUUGAGCCGAGGGUCUUUCGGAAACAGCCGUCCUACCUUGGUAGGAGUAAGGUCUGCGUACACUCUACCCUCCCCAGACCCCACGUUGUGGGAUUUCACUGGGUUGUUGUUGUUGUUGUUGAUGU